ACAAAAAUGGCAAGGGCUCUCUUUCUGGUAGCAUCUCUGCUGGUGUUGGGAAAUAUUUUCUUUGUUCAUGCCUCAUUUCCCCCCAGCCUCAUUGUUGAUAUGGCAAAAAUCGUCAUGGACAAUUACUGCUCACCAGAGAAGCUGGUAGGGAUGAAGGAGGCAAUUGAAGCAGCCAGCAGCAACACAGAGGUUCUCAACAUCCCAGACGGCGAAUCCUUGGCUAAUGUCCUCAGUUCUGGAGUCCAGACCACGGUCAGUGACCCACGUCUGACGGUCUCCUUUGAGCCAAACUACGUCCCUGUGGUUGCCCCGAAGAUGCCUCCCUUGCCCCCUGAGCAGCUCGUUGCCGUCCUCCAGACCUCCAUCAAGCUCGACAUCCUAGAGGGCAACAUUGGCUACCUGAGGAUCGACCACAUUCUCGGGGAAGAGGUCGCUGAAAAGGUUGGCCCUUUGCUCCUAGAUCUGGUCUGGAAUAAAAUCCUUCCAACUUCAGCUCUGAUCUUUGACUUGCGUUACACCGGCAGUGGUGACAUCACAGGAAUCCCCUACAUUGUGUCUUAUUUCACCGAAACCGAGCCUCAAAUCCACAUUGACACCAUAUUUGACCGCCCCUCAAACACCACCACUAAGCUGUUUUCUAUGUCCACACUGCUGGGGGAGAGAUACGGCGUCACCAAACCCCUCAUUAUCCUCUCCAGCAAAAACACCAAGGGCAUUGCUGAGGAUGUUGCAUACUGCCUCCAGAACCUGAAGAGGGCCACUAUUGUGGGUGAGAAGACUGCCGGGGGCUCGGUGAAGGUCGAUAAAAUCAAAGUGGGAGACACCGACUUCUACGUUACCGUGCCAACUGCAAAGUCCAUCAAUCCCAUCACUGGCUCCACCUGGGAGGUUGUGGGUGUGACCCCUGAUGUAGAGGUCAAUGCUGAGGAUGCCCUUGCUACCGCCAUCAAGAUUGUCAACCUCCGUGCCCAGGUUCCAGCCAUCAUUGAGGAAUCAGCCACCCUGAUUGCUGACAACUAUGCCUUUGAAGAUAUCGGUGCUAAUGUUGCAGAAAAGUUGAAAGGGCUCCUGGCAAGUGGCGAGUACAGCAUGGUUGUCUCCAAGGACAGUCUGGAGGCAAAGCUGUCUGCUGACCUGAACACAAUUUCUGGGGACAAGAGCCUGAAGACUUCCAGCAAUACCCCAGCCCUGCCACCUAUGAAUUAUUCUCCAGAGAUGUAUAUUGAGUUGAUCAAAGUCUCCUUCCACACCAACGUGUUUGAGAACAACAUCGGCUACCUCCGUUUUGACAUGUUCGGAGACUUUGAGGAGGUCAAGGCCAUCGCUCAGAUUAUUGUUGAGCAUGUCUGGAACAAAGUUGUCAACACUGAUGCCUUGAUCAUCGACCUCAGGAACAACCUUGGUGGCCCAACAACAGCCAUUGCAGGCUUCUGCUCUUACUUCUUUGAUGCUGACAAGGAGAUUGUGCUGGACAAGCUGUAUGACAGAUCAUCUGGCACCACCACAGAGCUCCGGGCCCUAUCUGAACUCACUGGCACAAGGUAUGGCUCCAAGAAGAGCCUGAUUAUCCUGACCAGUGGAGCAACUGCCGGUGCUGCUGAGGAGUUUGUUUACAUCAUGAAGAAGCUUGGCCGCGCUAUGAUUAUUGGAGAGACAACUGCCGGGGCCUCCCACCCACCCAAGACCUUCCGUGUUGGUGAGACCGACAUCUUCCUCAGCAUCCCCACCGUGCACUCUGACACUACUGCCGGGCCAGCAUGGGAGGGAGCUGGCAUCGCACCUCACAUACCUGUCUCAGCUGAUGCUGCCCUUGAGACUGCCAAGGGCAUCUUAAACAAGCACAUGGCAGGCCAGAAGUAA